AUGAACAUGUCCACCAUGUCCGUCUGCUCUGACGCUUACACUGACGCCUCCUGGCAGGUGGACGACUGUCCAGAGAGCUGCUGCGAGCCCUGCUGUGCCCCCAGCUGCUGCCAGCCCAGCUGUGAUGAGUCCUGCUGUCAGUCCAGCUGCUGUGCCCCCAGCUGCUGUGUCCCAGUCUCCUGCCUGACUUUUGUCUGCUCCCCAGUGAGCUGUGUGUCCAAUCCCUGCAGUCAGUCAGUCUGCACCAGCUGCUGCAUACCCUCAUGCUGCCAGCAGUCUAGCUGUGAGCCCUCUUGCUGCUCCUCCUCCCCCUGCCAGCAGUACUUCUGUGUGCCCGUCUGCUGCAAGCCCUCCUCCAGCGUGUCCCUGCUCUGCCGCCCCGUGUGCAAGCCCGCCUGCUGCGUACCUGAUUCCUCCUGCUGUGCCUCCUCCUGCCAGCCCAGUUGCUGUGGCCCAGCGGCCUCCAGUGUGUCCCUGCUCUGCCGCCCUGUGUGCAAGCCCGCCUGCUGUGUACCUGAUUCCUCCUGCUGUGCCUCCUCCUGCCAGCCCAGCUGCUGUGGCCCAGCGGCCUCCAGCGUGUCCCUGCUCUGCCGCCCUGUGUGCAAGCCCGCCUGCUGUGUACCUGAUUCCUCCUGCUGUGCCUCCUCCUGCCAGCCCAGCAACUGCCGCCCAGCAGCCUCCUGCGUGUCCCUGCUCUGCCGUCCCAUCUGCUCCCGCCCAGCCUGCUUUGGGUCCACCUGCUGA